AAUAGUAUUUGCAGAAUAGGUAAUAAUAUAUUAUCAGUUUCGUUAGUGCUUAAUAGUGCUGUUGGAGCACGAUAUUCCUCAUCUACACUGAUCAUGAAAUAAAUCAAACUUUCCUAUCAAUAAAGGACUAGCUCGUCUUGGUAAUGUUUUUUCCACUUAUUCGCUUUUCUCUCCAAGUCAUAUUUGAUUUUCAGUCUUUGUCUUUUCCCACGACCCGUUUAGUCCUUCUAUUGAUGACAUUUUGGUAAUGCCAUUUGAUUUAACUUUAAUCUCAAAUAAACCUGGAGUAAAUAUAAUUAUACGUACAAUGACACGCUAUUCAUUUGAUGUCUAUGUUUACUUUCAAGGUCCUGAAUUGUAGUGUUGUUGCUUAUACGUACGUAUACAUUUUGCCUUUUUAAUUAAAAUAGAGAAAAAACUUACAGCCAAUAUAAUAAUGGUGACAUUUUAGAUUACGUAUUAGUUAAAUAAAAAAGACGUUCAGUUGACGAGUCCGUUUGGCACCUAUUUGUUAAUACCAACCAUUUUUCUCGCUCUAUAGCAAAUCAUUGUUGCUUUCAAAUUUCUUGAAAAGGACUAAAAGCUAUAGAUUUUUACAAGAUUUUCAAUAAGCUUCAUGUACAUCUAUGAUGCAAAACAAACGAAUGGCAAACAUACAAGACAACGAAUCGGUGCCCUUUGAUUCCAGGUGUAAACCAGACACUUCGGCGAAUGCUAACAAAAUAUGGUUGGCGACUUUUAUAUUUGUUGGUACUUUGAUUGCAUUUUCCAACCUUGCGACAAUCUUAACGUUUAUCAUCAACAGGCGUCUUCGUCGUCGUAGUGUGUACUGUCUAAUAAACUUAGCGGUGGCUGAUAUGUUGUAUGGAGGAUCGCUAGCUGCUUUUUUUACGUACGAGAUUUAUCGUUCAGAGCUCACAGAUUUUGCUUCUGAAGUACGACUUGAACUAGUCGGUGCAAGAAUGUUUAUUCUUAUAACGCCAGGACUUUGUUUGGUCCUUGUUGCUCUUGAGCGUUUGUACGUCACUUUCUGUCCAAUCCGGCAUUUGUCUACGAAGAAAAGCACAUACGUAACAUUUUGCCUUGCAAUGUGGAUUUUAUCGGCAAUCUUUGCCCUAGCACUUCAUCUGACUCCUGACCCAUUUUACUCCUAUUUAACAGGGUUCUGUUUAUUUAUUGCAUUAUUGUUACUUCUUGUCAUCAUUUCGUCUUACUCAGCUAUUUUUGUCAAAGUUAAGCUUCAACGAAAACGAAUCCAAAGACUUCAGCAGCGAAAAGUCAUCCAAGGAACACAGAAACGCGAAAGACAUCUCGCAAUGACAAUGUUUUUAGUAACAAUUUUAACACUUAUAACUUGGCUUCCAUAUCUAGUCAUUCAGGUGUAUUCCUAUGUUUCCUUGUCGUGCAUUUCUUUUCAUAUAUUCCUUCUAACUAUACUUGUACAGUUCUCUAACUCAAUUAUAAACCCAAUUGUUUACGUGUUAAGAAUGCAUGAUUUCAGAAGAGGAUUAAUUGCCCUGGUAUUUAGAUGCUCCCGUUAUCAACCAUUGAAUGUGGUUUAUCCGCUUGUGCAAGCUGGUCAUCGACGGAUGGAGCUAAACCUAUGUUAGCACUGGAUGGACUUUUAAAAGCUUUUCCAUUAUAUGGGGCAAACAUAUUUUUCGUUCCUUCUUUCACCCGUUUUGAUUAAAGAUCGAGCUAGAACUUUCUAAAUUCAUAUGCUCUGUACUAGCCAAAAGGUAGUAGGGUAGUGGAUCGAGAAAUAAGCAUAAUAAAAUAUGUUCUUGGCAGAAAGAAGAAAGAUCUGUAAUUUUUCUGUAAUUCUCAAGUGUCACGCUUAACGCUGCAGCAGUUGAUUUUACACACUUCUAAAAUUGAAUUUUCUCUUGAUUUAGGACAAGUAUGC